UCAAGACGCAAUGUCACACAUACUCCCACAAACACAACAACAGUGCUGGUUUAUCUACCACAGAGUGCACUUUGUCUCUGGGUGCAACAAGUCAACACAUUCACCCUCCUAUAUAAACAGGCUGGGCCAGUGGUGCCUCUUACUCUGUUUUCUAGAGAAGAGGGAAUACAAUACAAGUGACACCAUGAAUAAGCUGCUUGUCAUUACUGGGCUGGUUGCGCUCCUCGCUCUCAGCGCUGAAAGCUUCCGUAUGCCGAGGCAGGCUGAGGAGGAGCAGGGGACCCUGACCAAGAUCACAGGCACCAUAAGGUCCUACUAUGACAACGCCGUCAACACUGCCAGUGGAUACCUGGAUAGCAUCAAGGGUCUGAAGCUGGAGGAGAAGGCAAAGCAUCUUUACACUGAUACUACCACAGUUGUGAGCACAUACGCUGGCAUCUUACACGACCAGAUGUACCACAUCUUUUACCAAAAUUAAACAAAAACUGAUUUCCAAUGACCUCAGCUACAUUUUCUGACAACAUGAGAACUUUCAAGCUCCACACGAAAGGCCCAAACGUCAAUUGGCAUUUCGAAUUUGCUCAUAUCUCACCUCACCCCAGCCUCAAAACUGACAAACAGCAUCUUCAAAAAGAAAAAUAGUGGACCCCCUGCUCUUUGUGGCGCUUUCUUGGGCCACUGCACUGGUGGUAAAUGAUGAUAACCACCCAACGGGGACUGUAAUCCUUUGGAAAAAAAACAACAACAACAACUAACAGCUUGUACAGAGGAACAGGACAGAAGAAGUUGGCAGUCACAAGGGAAAGAGCACACAGCACCUUAUCAUGUACCACUGAAUUUCUCCCUGGGUGUCAGAGUAAAGAAACAACCAUGCAAAUAAUGUAAUGAUCUAUUGCCACCUACUGGUGUUUUCAGUCAUCCCACCUCUGAAUAAAUUUAAAUAUUUGUGUCAUAUCUUGAAAUAAAAUAUUUAUACAAAAA